AUGGCUGAUGCGAGCACCGAGCGCUUUCUCCAACCAGUUACGGGGCAGGAUGUUGCGAAAACCCAGAUAGGGCCUGGCAAGAAAAGAUGUUGGCAGUCAGAUAAGGUUGAGAAACAACCGGAUGCUAAAUUGUGUCUGAAGGCCGAUCGUAGUUCAUUGUCGUGUCUAGUUGUUGUACGGGAAGUACUUCCGACGAUUGCCAUUAUACUUGCUAUAUUUUUCGGCGCAAGUUGGAGAACGUUUAAUUUCAGCGAUACCUCUAUAUUCGGCUUUGGUAUAAAUGUCGACGUUCAACUGGCGCUGGUCGGCUUCCUUAAUAAAGUCCUUGAUGUAUUCGUCCAGGCCUCUCUCAAACACACUGCAUCAAUCUUCCUCACCGUAUGGAUGGCGUUAGGCUCAAGGUUCUCGGGAGUCAAUAUGAUAGAUUUUCAGCUUAAAGAGGAGUUAACCCAACCUUGGACUUGCAUUCUUAAUUUUUGGACACGGUGCUCAGUUCUCGGCUGGAAAGGAUUGGGAUACUGGGGUGUUUUUCGAUUUAUCGCGUGUCUGGGGGUCUCAACUUGUGUGUUGCUUUUAGCCUUGGCUGUCAAUACUGUGGGAAUUCCAAAGGCACGGUGGUAUCCUAAUGGAGCAGGGGGCGGUUGGCGGUUGACUGAUGAUGUUCGAAAGUCCAUGACAAUAACUUCGCCAUGUAUGAUGCUCAACGGGCUUGAUUGGAUGAACUACUGGAAUACAGGUCAAAAUCUUGUUGGUAGCGGCGGCAGUGCCUGGGAUGCAGCUCUAGCUCUAGCUGCUGCAUCGACAUUGCCUCUCCUGGGUGGCCUUCCACACCUAUAUACAAGUAGUCCAAAUGGCUGGCUACCAAUACCUAGCGAAGUAGACGGACUUAUAACCGGUAUCAAUACGGUUAUUAACGGGUCAACUGUGCAGUCUAUUUCAGUCCAAAAGUCCAGAGUUCGAGAUAUCUUCACCAACCUGCGAGCGAAUGGACCAGAAUCAUACUACAAACACUCCUCUGGCUGGAGUGGUUUGAUAAAUAUAACCGUUCCAAUAUUGACAACGUCUUGCGUUUCCGGUCUAGCCAUGAAUGGCUCCAUACCCAUCGGUACUAUUCCUGUUAAUGGUCCCUCAGACUCGUCUCCAACGGAGUCUAAAUUUAUUGUCCCCAUUGGAGAAAUUCCUUUUCUGAACUUCACAGGAGCCACCUGUGCAGUAGUUCUCAAUCAAGCCUUAUUUCCCGUUGGUACCUGGAUAGUGAACAUGGGUGAUAUUGAUGUUUCGAUCAACAAUUAUGGCAAAAAUAUGAAUUCGACUCCGGUGCUCCUCGCACCCUCUAUUGGUGACCGUGCUAGCGCUCAAUCCCUUGCUAUUCAACUAGGUAGUACUGUAGGGCGAAUAAAUGGGCUACUUCAAACAGGUCUUGUUUAUCACAUGGUUCUCAUCUCGCGUCGGCUUAGCUUUCUCAACCCCGAUAUCCUAGCCGUCAACGACAUAGCUGGUAUUACUAUAGCUAUGGCAACUAUAACUCAACACCUCCUCACUACCGGUGCCUGGAAUAUGACCGUAUCUUCUGAUCCAAAUUGCAAUACCACUUCAUUUCCUGUGAAGUGGCAGGUCUACGGAUCCGGCCCCAGAUUGGCUUGGGAAUGGGUAUCAGUGAUAGUACUCGCCGUGGUCCUGACGGCACUUGUAGGAGGCGGAAUUUUUACUUUGACUUCACAAAUUGAGCCAGGUCCGUGGCUAGAUGUUGGGGGAAUGAUGCUGGCUGCUAAUGAAGCGGCGAAGAUGAAGAGCGUGAUUGGUAGUAUUGCAGGAGUUGCUAGUCAGAAAGCGAAGGAGGCGAAAUAUUAUGUGAGGGAUAUUCGGCAGGGUGUUGUAGAGCUAGUGGAUGAGACUAAGGAUAACCGCGAAUUGAAGAAGAACAAGUCGUACGUUAAUGAAGGGUAUACGGUUAUCGCUAGCAGGCCGAUCGACUGGGAAGCAUUGCAGCGUACUACGAAGGCUUUCUUCAAUUUGUCUAUACUCAAGCAGAUUUUAGGCCGUCGUCGAUGA